AUGACACCCUCAAACAACGCCUGGAUCAACAGCGCUGAUGGUGAUGACGCUUUCCGAUAUUGUCAACACCACACAGUCACCACAGACUCUCACCACGACAUCUCGUCGCAGUCAUCACCCGAUUCUCCUGCCAUGUCACCACACUGUUUGGUGUACGUGAACGUUAAUCCCCGCAAAGAUGGGGAUGUGGACCCCAAAGACUGGGGUUCUCCUGAUCGUGUUGUGAGGAGCGUGACGACCAUCACAGACCUCGCUGAAGUCUAUCCCGGCCGUCAAAAGACUGUGCACCGAGUAAAGGUGGUGCAGGAAGUGGACUUGCUGAACUGCGAUGAAGUCGCAAGCAAGACCUCCUUGUCUCCUUACGCCCCCAAGUCCUGUGAAGCCAACGGAUCCUUAUUUCAGCUCCCUGUUUAUGAAGCCUCGACUACCUCUUCCUCGUUCUGGAAACGCUUCAAAAUCUCUCCGUAUUUUUUCACUCCAACUGCCGACCGUAAACAAUUGCUUGCUGGCGAUUCAGGUAACCGAAAAUAUUUUACUCGCGUUGUCAGCAGCACGGAGAUUGAAAGUCCUCCUGAUUCUUAUUCCCCACCCUGGUACACCUCCACGUCGAGCCCUCGAGAGUGUUCGCCUAUUCCGCAUCCGAACAAUUCACAAAUUCAUUCAGAAUCUACUGCCUCUUCAUGCCAGUCACCUUCCAAAUUUGAAUCUCCCAAUCCGUUGCCUGCAGUUCAUUCUCCGUGCAGAAAGGCAACAUCCAUUCAAGGCAGUCUUAACGCCGCCUAUACUUCAGAUGCUAACGAAGCGUGAAGGUUUUCAUCUGUUUUCAACACAGAGUUUCGUUGAUGUCUUUCUGCAACUCAUUGCUUCGAAGUCAUUGAUUUAGUUUCUCUAGUUAUCUCUAAUGGAUAAAUAAUCUCACUCGAUCGUAUAGCCUCACGGGUCUCCUCCAAGUGAGACGUUCACACGUCGUUUCCUCUUCGCCAUUCUGAGCUGAGUAGACCUUAUUCGACGUGGACGAGAGGCUUUGUUAAUGUAUGAACCCAAUAUG